AUGCGUGCCCUACGAAUCCGCGGUUCACUGAGGGAACGCAACUAUGUUCGCACGGUAUCCCUCGUGACGUACCAAGAAGACACACCAUUGUACACAAUGUAUGCCACCAGGGACUCGCCAUCGUUCAUCUCGACGGUAUCAUUGACACCAGACGCCUUCGACAUCCUCGUUACUCAGUUCAAGAAGCAUUAUGUUGUCAAGUCUCUCCCCUACCGCAGUGGGCGCCCACCACGGUUCCAAAUGUUUCGGCCAGCAGGAAGGUGCUCUUCUACAAGGUCCAGCAGCAAGGACACGGAUCCAGCGCACCAUUCGAGCCCUCUACCUCUAGACAUAUUGGAGAAUAGCUUCUCCAUCACAUCACAUAAAACGAGUGGAUAG